AUGCAGUUGGAAAAUGAAGAAGGAUGGGAGUUUGACAGGUUCUUAUGGAAGAAGAACAUUCCUCCAAAGGUGAGCUUUAUGUUAUGGGCCAUUUUUCAUGAAUCUUUACCAACUUACAAUAUGUUGAUAAGGAGAGAUGUUGAAGUCCAAAGUGAAGUGUGUGUAAUGUGCAAAAUGGAGAAUGAAACAGCUGAUCACUUGUUAGUCAAUUGCUCUUAUGCUUAUGAGGUUUGGUCUUAUUUUCUUAAUGCUUUUAAGGUGUCAUUGGUAGCUCCUAAUACAGUAAAAGCCUUUUUUGAAUCUUGGAGGAUGAAUAGCUUAUCUGGGAGAUGCAAGGAAAUCUGGUGGAAGAUAAUUUAUGCUGUCAUGUGGCAUCUUUGGAAGGAGAGGGGUAAAGGGGCUUCUGGUGGAAGGGAGAAGACUGCUGAAGAACUUAUAAUGCUGGUGAAGCAAACCAUUAUGCUUUGGCUUAUUAAUAGUGAUGUUUUUAGAGGUUAUGAUGUAAAUCAAAUUCUGUUUAACUGGAUUUCUUUACUUCACAUGUGA